CGCUCGGGCCGGCAGGGGAGGGGCUGAGCUACGGCCCCGCAGCCGCUGGAGCCCUUGCGGCCGGAUUAUCACAUGACUCGACGGCGGCGGUAGCCUUGGCAGCAGCUGCGCCGGCUCCACGGGCUCGCCGGGUGGGCUCAGUUCCGCUCACGCAGGAGUCGAGCGUAGCGGGCGGGGAAGGGACCUGCUGAAGCUGCGGCCGCCCAGCCGCUCCCGGAGCGCGCGGCAUCUCCCCCGGCCCGGCCGGCCCGCUCCAUGCCGCUCCGUUCCGGAAGUGUAGCGGGGGGAGGGGGCGGCGGCGGCGGCACGGAGCGCGGGAGGCCGGAGCUCGGCCCCCUGCAGCACUAGGCUCUGGGAGCAGCGCGGCGCGCCCACCGGCCCGGCUGCCCGUGCGCCCGCCGCAGCCUGCAUGCCCCGCGCUGCGCCUCGCCCGGCCCCAGCCGCCGCCCACUGCUCGCACAGCUGCUGCCGGGCGCCGGAGUAAUAUGCUCACUCGAGUGAAAUCUGCCGUGGCCAAUUUCAUGGGCGGCAUCAUGGCUGGCAGCUCAGGCUCCGAGCACGGCGGCGGCGGCUGCGGAGGCUCGGACCUGCCCCUGCGCUUCCCCUACGGGCGACCCGAGUUCCUGGGGCUGUCUCAGGACGAGGUGGAGUGCAGCGCCGACCACAUCGCUCGCCCCAUCCUCAUUCUCAAGGAGACCCGGCGGCUGCCCUGGGCCACUGGCUACGCAGAGGUUAUCAAUGCCGGGAAGAGCACACACAAUGAAGACCAAGCCAGCUGUGAGGUGCUCACCGUGAAGAAGAAAGCAGGGGCCAUUACCUCAACCCCAAACAGGAACUCAGCCAAGAGACGGUCCUCACUUCCCAACGGGGAGGGGCUGCAGCUGAAGGAGAACUCGGAAUCAGAAGGCGUUUCCUGCCACUACUGGUCGCUGUUUGACGGUCACGCGGGGUCCGGGGCUGCUGUGGUGGCAUCCCGCCUGCUGCAGCACCACGUCACGGAACAGCUGCAGGACAUCGUGGAGAUCCUGAAGAACUCGGCCGUGCCGCCGCCCACCUGCCUGGGCGAGGAGCCCGACCACACACCCGCGAACAGCCGGACUCUGACCCGUGCGGCCUCGCUCCGCGGAGGGGUGGGCGCCCCCGGCUCCCCCAGCACCCCGCCCACGCGCUUCUUCACCGAGAAGAAGAUCCCGCACGAGUGCCUCGUCAUCGGGGCUCUUGAAAGCGCAUUCAAGGAAAUGGACCUACAAAUCGAACGAGAGAGGAGUUCAUACAAUAUAUCUGGUGGUUGCACAGCCCUCAUUGUGGUUUGCCUUUUGGGGAAGCUGUACGUGGCAAAUGCUGGUGACAGCAGGGCUAUAAUCAUCAGAAAUGGAGAAAUCAUCCCCAUGUCUUCGGAAUUCACCCCUGAGACUGAGCGCCAGCGACUUCAGUACCUGGCAUUCAUGCAGCCUCACUUGCUGGGAAAUGAGUUCACACAUUUGGAGUUUCCAAGGAGAGUACAGAGAAAGGAACUUGGGAAGAAGAUGCUCUACAGGGAUUUUAAUAUGACAGGCUGGGCAUACAAAACCAUUGAGGAUGAUGACUUGAAGUUUCCCCUUAUAUAUGGAGAAGGCAAGAAGGCCCGAGUAAUGGCGACUAUUGGAGUGACCAGGGGACUUGGGGACCAUGACCUGAAGGUGCAUGACUCCAACAUCUACAUAAAACCAUUCCUGUCUUCAGCUCCAGAGGUAAGAGUCUACGAUCUCUCCAGAUACGAGCAUGGAGCAGACGAUGUGCUGAUCUUGGCCACUGACGGACUCUGGGAUGUUUUAUCCAAUGAAGAAGUGGCAGAAGCAAUCACUCAGUUUCUCCCUAACUGUGAUCCAGAUGACCCUCACAGGUACACACUGGCGGCUCAGGACCUGGUGAUGCGUGCCCGUGGCGUCCUGAAGGACAGAGGAUGGCGGAUAUCCAAUGACCGACUGGGCUCAGGAGACGACAUCUCUGUAUAUGUCAUUCCUUUAAUACAUGGAAACAAACUGUCAUGAAAACAGCCCAGGGUUUUAGAAGGACAGAAGGGAAGAAAGCUGGGAUGCCUCUAGGCAGGGCGGGGCUGGGAAGUGCCCCAGCAGAGUUCCAGAUGAUGCCACCUCUUCCCAGCCCAGGUGGGAAGCUUGCUGCUGAAAGGCCUCUGGCUGAGCUUCAAGAGGACCCUCGGGUUUCAGUUUCCUCUUUAGUAACAGGUCUGGAUACUCAACAAGAGCAAAACAUAAAGGCUGCUACUGAGUGUUGUGUUUCUAUCGGUUCCUUUCAUAGGCCUCCUAGGUGGCCAUUGCCCAUUUGGGGGCACAUCCAUCAUAUUUAUUUUAUCCAGAGUAGCUGGGGCAGCCCUUUUCGGGUGUCACUGGCAGAAGACUCUUCAGCCUGCCAAGCUGCCAACUUCCCUACGGGUUAAACGUGCUGCAUUGGAGAGUUGGGGAUCAUGCCUCAGAAGAUGUAAGCGCCCAUCUUCUAGUAAGCCUGAGAUUUAUUUCAGGGAACACUAUCUGUGUGUGUGUGUGUCUCUCUCUCUUUACUGUUUUUUGGUGCCGGUGGGGUGCGGCAGGGAUUUUUUUUCUUUUUUGACAUUCCUUGAAUCUUAAUUGUUUUCCUUCCAUAGAACAGGCCUGGGACUUUCCAGGCCCCUGCCGAGGAAUCUGUGUGUCCAAGUCCAGCCCAGACCGUCCCCAUAUCCCGUAGCCCACACCACCCAGGCCGCCAUCUGGAGCGGUGCCCUGGCUGAUGGAGUUCAGUCUUUGUUAUGUAACAGUUUGUCCCUGAGUUGCAUUUUCUCACCAAAUCAGUGUGUUUUCGUGGAAAUAUGGGUGUUUCUCUGGACCCACAGUUCCUCUGUCAUCUUCAAGGGCCCCCCCCUGGUGUGGGUGAGGUCUCUCUGGGAGAGUCUGGAUUUCGUUUCUGGAACGGUUGGCCCUCCCCCAGCCGCUGUGCCAUAGGGACAGACACAAAGCGGGGUUGAAGCGAGCAGUUUAAGAGGGUCCUUGUAUCAGUCAGUUCACCACACCCCAUCUGAGGACCACUCCUCCAUCUGGAUCCAGGUCCCGUGGACAGGGACUGUCCCCAAGCCCCCUCCAAAUAACAUGUGAAGGAGCAGGGUUCUGUCAAGAAGCGGCUGUCUCCGCCUCCCCGUCAUAUCCGGGCAAGGCCCGCUCAGAGUGGCCAUUUGAUAAAAGUGAAUUUGAAUCAGGCUGACUGGUCGUCCUCAGGCUGGGCACUCUCUUCCUUCUCCACGGGAUCGUGUCCCAGCCCCCCAAGUACCAAGACCACUGUUCCCACUGUCACUCCACCUCUGGGUGUUCCUCACAAGCACAGCAGCAGCAGACAGAUCAGAUCUACCCGGGGCUCCUCGGCCGGGAGGACUCGCAAAAUAGAUUUUUAGAAAUCACUUUUAGGCAGACCGCUUCUGGGCAUGGGGGGACCUUACAGAGCAGUGUCCAAUCACUGAGUCUUCUCCCUGCGGACCUCCUGUGGUAGCGUCACCAUCUUGACUACUUUUUGUAAUAAGACAUGCUUCCCACCCAUUAGAGACAAAGGUCAUUGGUGUGAUUCCCCCAGAAGGCUGGAGAGCCAGUUCCACUUCUCCUGUUUGUUCCAUCCCUUCCCCAGAGGGGAGGACAGGAACCUUUCCUCUGGGAUAGUGGAUCGCCUGCGUUUACAUUCUUGGAAUGUAGAUAUUUUCUUAGGAAUGUCCUGGAGCCUUCCUGCUUCAGAAUGUAUUCAUCCCACAGUGUGGAGACAACGCCUGGUCUGGCAGGUGAAGUAUGGUGGGAAUUCACCCACCGAGCAUUUGCCAAAAUGUUGUUUGGGAAGAACUGGACUCACUGGUGUCUUGUCAGGAGUCAUCGUCAUCUGACGGCUUCCCUCCUCCUUCAGGAAAUCUUAGCCACCACCCCCAGCGUCUCUGUGGGGAGAAGUCUGUGGUAAACCAUUUGCUGCCCUGGCAGAACAGGAUGCUCUGGGGAAACAGGCAGGCAUCCUACAACCGUGUGGUCUGCUUCCUGUUGCUGCUCUGACUCUCAGAACCACGUACGAAUUCGGAAACUUGAGGAAGUUUUACAUGGAGGACUCUGAGCUGCCUUCUUUGGGAAGCUGUCCUCACAAGCAGUCACCUCUUCCCCGUGUUCCCACUGCCUUUCACUUCUUUUAUUUCCAGGGCUUCUAUCUGGGCCCUGCCUUGAGCUUCUCUGGUUUUAUUCAAGGCACCAGAGUCAGAGUUUGCGUGUGCAUAUCAUAUAGAUGUCAUAACAACCUGGACUCAAUUCUCCAAUUCAUUGCCUGCCAAGGCAUGUCUCAGCAAAAACUCUGGAAGCCCCUGAUUCAAUUUAUCCUAAAGUCUUGAGUAUUUAGUCCUACUGGAUUUAGUUAGAAAGGUGUCUAGGAAUUCUCUGCAUAAGCCCCCUUGGGUGGAAAGAUCUUAGUAGCAAGCUGAAGCCAUGUUGUCAGUUUGGGGGAUUGGAGGGAAACCACAAAUGAGAUGAAUAAAUCAAAUGUGGAAAAAAAAUGAUUUGUUAAUGCCCGCGGCAGGUCUGCCCAGCACCGAUAUUGCUCUGUGAAUUGAGCUUACUCAGUUUUAGCCUUAUUUUUCCCCCUUGGAGCAUUCCUGGAAAGGUCAAAAGGCAACACACUCAAAAUUCUGCAGAACAUAUUUAUACGUGGUUCUGGGAUCUUGCGUAUCUGACUUACAGUCAAGUCUGCUUGCCCUAGUAGCCUCCGAGGAAGUCUUAUUUAAUAAAAAGCUUUCGAUUUCCUAGUCACGUCUUUACGGUUAUCUGGGGGGGAGGGGUGUGGCCACUUCCUUUAAUGAAAGCCUCUCUCAGUUCUAAAUCUCUUUGCUGUACUGGCACUUGCUCUUCAGAAUAUUUGGUGACACUCUUUUCCUUAAGGAGAGCAAACUCGCACUCCAUCCACACUGCGGCAUUUUGUCAGGCAACAGCCAAACCCGUGUUCUCUCAAAACCUGAAAUCAGAGCAGUGCCAGAAGCCAGAAAACUGGAGGGUGUGUUCUCCUGUGGUUGUGCUUGCCUAACUGCUGUUCUUACAGAGGGAACAGAGAAGUGAAAGUCGGGCUAGGCCAAGUACUCAGCUGUCUAAUAGGACAGGGCCCCCAAAGUGGGAAUUUGUUAUUUUCCACAGUUUACAGUUUUGGGGAAUUUGGGGUAUUUAAUUUUUUAAUCCCUAGCAAUUUACCUCCAUGAGGCUGCAUGAGGUCAGCUGUGCUCAUUCUUUUUGUACUCUUCUAAGUAUUCAUUUACUUCUUGGAAAGAAUCACAGCUGUCAGUAGAUACUGGUGGGCAAGGAUGAGAGUCCCAGUAUCCAGAGCUGGCCUCAGAUCUUGGCCAUUCGGGCAGGGUUUUCAGUUCACCAAGAGCACUAGCGUGGAAACACUUGGGAAAAAAUCUCCCACAUCUUUACGACUCUGGUCUAACCUCCUUCCUCAUCUGCCAAUCAACUUUAUUUACAAGGCCACGAGUAGUCAGUGGUUUUCUUUCCACCACAGUCUGAGGAUCUUACCUUUCCUUAAGCAGCCCAGCAGCUCCACUGUUUUCAGACUGAACAUGUUAAACUUUAAUGAGAUUCUAUUUUUGGUAAGUUCGUGCUACUGGGACACAUGAAGAAAGCAGUGAGAGUCACUGUCUAUGCAAAAACCCACCAGGCUGACCCUAAAAGGUAGCGGAUCUAAGAAAAUAGUAAAACAGUAUCUGGCCACCGGACAGAAUUUUACAUUAGGAACUUGGAUUUUUGAAGACUUUCAAUUGCAGACAUGUCAACAGCCUGCACACCAUAAACCCCCCCAAGUGUACUUUGGUUCUGUGUGGGUGAUGUGACUUAUGUGCAUACACUGGGAUUUUUCAGGGGACACUACAUGAGCAGCCCCACCUGCCCCUUCGGUAAGUCCCGUGGUGGCUCUUUGUGGUUCGAGUGUCAGUGCAGGGCGUGCUGCUCUUUCUAAUCCACGUGAUUUGUGUAAAUAGCUUUAAUUUUGCCUUUGCGUCUUAGAUGUUUCGUUUAUGUAGCGACCAGGUAGACAGUGACCAAAUGAGGCUUUAAGUGUAUUGUUUUCUACUGUGAUGUACUUGAAGGAGAGUCUCGUGUCCUCCACUCUUCCAAUCUUCCAUAGUAUUUUGUGUUUGGGGUGUCCUGAGGUUACUCUAUUACUCCUGUUUUGCCUCCAUUUUCUUUGUUUCUUUUGGAAACCCAGGGAGGCCCACAGUGGAGAUCAUUUGUAAGGAAUGUAUCAUGGUCUGGGUUUCCAAGAAAAUACCCUACGUACAGUGAAUGAGAGGAAUCUGCCUGAAAAUGGUUUCAGAACCAUGUACCUUUAUGCUUUGUGAUUGUGAAACCUUGACUUUUGUAACCCAAAAAUGAAAACUGUUUAGUAAAGGGGAUCUAUUUUGUGUGUUUUGAAACUUAGGUGCAAUGUUCCCUGGAAAAAGCUAAAGAAAUGUAUAUGCUC